AUGGGUGGAUCCCGACACGCCUGUCACAUGAUGAUGCUCCGGCUCCACGAUGAGCGGAUCGUCGCCCAAGUGAUUCGAUUGCUUGCAGCCAGUGUUGAGAAUGCACCGCUGGCAGCAGAGGCGUUGAUGCGAGACAAUUUGGACAACGUGAAACUGGUGAUGCGCUCCAUGGAACGCCACCUGGCCUGCCCCGAAGUGGCGGAGGCUGGAUGUUUGCUCAUCGGCCAUCUCUGCUCCUGCACGGCCACGGAGAGUGGUGAGUUGAUGCCGGUACGCGUGAAAGCGCAUCGGGACAGUCAGAACACACUUUGUCGGGAAGGAGCGGUGGAGAUCAUUGUGGACAUCAUGUGUCUCUACAUGAAGGAUGUUAGAACCAUGACGAACCGUGCUCAUAUGCUGAUGCAGGAAAAGCUCAAAGAAGCCGAAGGGAAGUGCGCGGCUCAUGACAGAUUUGCUGACAGGAUUCCAGGGAUGCUGAAUUCCUAUUCUUUGCUCUAUAUGUCGCUGUUGGUCCUUUGUCUCGAUCACUUUUGGCUCCCACAAAGCGUCGCUUCGCCCUCAAAGACUCGAUGCUCCGAAUGGCUUUUGUGA